AAGCCUCCUCUCCUCCCACCACCCGUCAGGCCGUCACCCGUGACGAUGGCAGCUGCAGGUCUGCUCAGCCUCUGCCUCGUCUCCGCUCUCGCCUUCUCUUCGUGCUCGCUGUCGCUGGCCAGCCACCAGCGGGACGCCGACAGGGUGGCGCGCCUCCCCGGCCAGCCGGAGAGCCCGAGCGUGUCGCAGUUCGCCGGCUACGUCACGGUGAACGAGCGCCACGGGAGGGCGCUCUUCUACUGGUUCUUCGAGGCGCAGACGACGCCGGAGGAGAAGCCGCUCCUGCUCUGGCUCAACGGAGGACCAGGUUGCUCGUCAAUUGGCUAUGGAGCUGCAUCUGAGCUGGGGCCUCUCAGAGUUGUCAGACAAGGAGCAGAGCUGAAGUUCAAUGAAUAUGCCUGGAAUAAAGAGGCUAACCUGCUUUUCUUGGAGUCUCCUGUCGGGGUUGGCUUCUCCUACACCAACAAAUCCUCUGACCUUGACAAUCUUAAUGAUGUCUUUGUAGCUGAAGAUUCUUAUAGCUUCCUAAUGAACUGGCUACAGAGAUUUCCGGAGUACAAGGACAGAGAGUUCUACAUCGCUGGAGAGAGCUAUGCAGGUCAUUAUGUGCCACAACUUGCUGAACUUGUUUAUGAAAGGAACAAGGACAAGAAGGGUAAAUCAUACAUCAACCUCAAGGGGUUCAUUGUUGGCAACCCUAUCACUAAUGAUUACUAUGACUCGAAAGGGCUAGCUGAGUAUGCCUGGAGCCACGCAAUUGUACCAGAUGAAGUGUACAACCGCAUCAAAAAGUACUGUGACUUCAAGAACUCCAAUUGGUCUGAUGAUUGCAGUGCGGCCAUGGAAGUCAUCUAUAGUCAGUACCGAGAGAUCGACAUAUACAACACCUAUGCCCCCAAGUGUCUUCUAAACCAGACUUCUGCAUCUUCCACAACUCGAGCAUUCUUCGAGAAUGAUCAGGACCAGUUAAGGAGAAGGAUACGAAUGUUCUCUGGCUAUGAUCCAUGCUAUUCAUCCUAUGCCGAGGAUUACUUCAACAAGGGGGAUGUGCAGAGAGCAUUCCAUGCAAAUGUCAGUGGGUUGCUUCCAGGGAAAUGGCAUGUAUGCAGUGACCCUAUCCUGAAUUCCUACAAUUUCUCGGUAUUUUCGGUCCUACCAAUAUAUUCGAAGCUCAUCAAAGCAGGGCUUAGAGUUUGGCUCUACAGUGGUGACGCGGAUGGUAGGGUUCCCGUGAUCGGCUCCCGGUACUGUGUGGAAUCACUCGACCUGCCGAUCAAGACCCAGUGGCAACCCUGGUACCUUGACAAACAGGUUGCCGGGUGGUUCGUGGAGUACCACGGCAUGAGCAUGGUAACGGUCAGGGGUGCAGGCCACCUGGUGCCCCUCAACAAGCCUGCCGAAGGGCUGACGCUGAUCAACACAUUCCUUCGCAGUGAGCAGCUUCCGGCACACCGGUGAUGGAUGGUUCAGUUGGAUACUGCAAGAUUUUGGGGAAUAGCUGCGAUAAAGAUUUGACCUGAAACCUAGUACAAGUUAGAAAAAAAAAACUUUGUCGAAUUUCUCCUCUACGGUAUCAGUUAGUAGCAAGUCGGCAUGUUUGUUAGUACUAGGUGUUUGAAUUGGUGGCGGAGAAAUAAUACUACUAUUCUUCGGACGAAGAUCAACAGAGAUGAGAGAACGUUCUUCCCUGCCCGACCUUGACGUGUAUGGUGACCCCGCCGUAUCCCACAAGACCCACAGGUCCUUCAUACAGAGGUGGACGACGACGAGGACGACCGAGCUAUGCCAUUGCCAAGUCCUCGUCGUCCAUCCAUAUACAUCCAGAAGAGCUGCCCGGAUGUUUCCUGUAGUCAAAGUCCAGUGGCAUGCAGUCAUCGCCGUCGCCCUCUUGCCGACCACGGGCACUGGCACCACGCAAACGGACCGCGAAUUGAGGAAGACACGGUGCUUGUCUGUUGUCUCGCUACCAAUGGAAACACAGGCAUGCAUGUGUGAGCAAGGUGAUGCUGGAAACUUCAGCCCUUGUUUUCUUUCUCGAAACCUCUGGAGCCUUCUAGAUCACCUCACCAUGUUUCCACUGGUCGGAUUGAUUGGGAACCUGUCCACACUCCACAGCAAGUCCUCAAUCUGUAAAUGAUGAAGGCCUAUAAAAUUAGCCCUGUUGCAGUGCGCUUGCACACACCCAGCCACACACACACACACACACACACACACUGUGUACUUGUCUGUAGGAACCAAGUAGUAAGUGUUGGCUGGUAAUUGGGCGUCCGUUCUCCGGUAGGGGUGUCCGGCGAGAUGGUGGUCCAUCAUUUCCUGAAGAUACCGUCCCUUGCCCAGAAGAUGAACCCGGUGGCGCAGCAGGCCAUGAAGCACCAGCACACUGUCCACCGCGUCGCCCACGGGUUCCACCUCGCCGAUCUUCUCCACAAGAUCACGCACUUUUGCAAGGACAUGUGGGGCAGGAUGAAGGACAAGAGGAAGGCUCACUGAAGAUACAGAGCGCUGCGGCAGGAGGCACCCUGCAGGGUAUCUUUUCCCCUUUAUUUGCGCCGUGAUAUCAUGAGUCCAACAAGUGCUUCCUAGCUAGUAUUACACUGUCAGUCAGUCAGUCAGUCAGAGCCCAAUAGGUGUCCCGGCGGAAGACACUAGAGGAAAGAUCGAGUCCAAAAUGUGGUGUUCUGUGUAUUCACGUGGUGCAGUAGCUAGUAAUGCGUUGCUCGGUUCAACGUGUGUCUACCCUGUACUGUUUUUUCAACAAACAAAUCAAGAAAAUCGUCUUCCCCAAA